AUGGAUCCCAGAUUGAGUGCCCAGGAUAUUUUGCGCUGUACUCUGUGUGAUACUCCUAUCCCACUGAUGUACUGCGUCUUUUGUCAAGUCAAUCUCUGUAAACUCUGUGUUGGAGAACAUCUUUCAGAUUUAUCUACAGAACAUAAAGUGGUGCCCUUUAACCGAAGAGGUUUUAUUCCUAAAUUGCCGAUUUGCCGAGAUCAUGAAAUGAAACACUGUGAACUUUAUUGUGAAAACUGUGACAUUCCUGUCUGCUUACUUUGUGUAUCUUCCGAUAAACAUCAAGGGCAUAAAAUAUCAAACACUUUGGAAAACUUUUCUUCCAGAAAAGAACUAUUGAAGAAAGACUUAAAGUUAUUAGAGGAAGUUAUAAGCCCCAAAUAUGAAAAAUUAGUAUCAGAAUUAGAGAUACAAGAAGGAGUUAUUGAGGAAAACUACAACGAACUGACGUUAGCUGUAGUUAAACAUGGAGAGGACUGGCGCAGACAUGUGGAUAUUGCUGUCAACAAUCGCAAAUCUGAAAUUGAAGAAAACAAGACAAAACAUAUAUUUGCCCUUAACAAACACAAA